AAACCCUAACAAAAACCCGGCGCGGAAGCUUUGCAGUCGCAGCAACAAUGGGGAAGGCGAAGGGGAAGCACCGUUUGGACAAGUACUACCACUUGGCGAAGGAGCACGGUUACAGGUCGAGGGCAUCAUGGAAGCUGGUCCAGCUCAACUCCAAGUUCCACUUCCUGGAAUCCUCACGCGCCGUCCUCGACCUCUGCGCCGCCCCCGGCGGCUGGAUGCAGGUGGCGGUGCAGCGCGUUCCCGUCGACCACCUCGUCAUCGGCGUCGACCUCGCCCCCAUCGCUCCCAUCCGCGGCGCCAUCGCCAUCCAGGAAGACAUCACCAGGCCCGAGUGCAAGUCCCGCAUCAAGAAGCUCAUGAACGAACACGGUUGCCGCGCCUUCGACGUCGUCCUCCACGACGGUUCCCCCAACGUCGGCGGCGCCUGGGCGCAGGAGGCCACGAGCCAGAACGCUCUCGUCAUCGAUGCUGUUAAGUUGGCCACUCAGUUCUUAGCUCCUAAAGGCAUCUUUGUAACCAAGAUUUUCAGGUCGCAGGAUUACAGUUCUGUUGUGUAUUGCUUAAAGCAGUUGUUUGAGAAGGUUGAGGUGGAUAAACCUGCGGCUAGUCGUUCUGAAUCCGCUGAGAUAUAUGUUUUGGGGCUUAGGUACAAGGCUCCUGCCAAGAUUGAUCCGCGUCUUCUCGAUGUCAAGCAUCUCUUUCAAGGGUCUGUGGAGCCCCAGUCUAAGGUGGUGGAUGUACUUAGAGAUAAUAAGCAAAAAAGGCAUCGUGAUGGAUAUGAGGAGGGAAACACGACUUUAAGGAAGAUAUCUACUGCUGCAAAUUUCAUUUGGUCAGAUUCUCCUCUGGAGAUCCUUGGUUCAGUCACUUCAAUAACCUUUACUGAUCCAGCUGAUUUACCAAUCAAGGAUCAUGAACUAACUACUGAAGAGGUGAAAUCUCUCUGUGAUGAUUUAAGGGUUUUGGGGAAGCAAGACUUCAAGCAUCUUCUAAAGUGGAGGAUUCACAUUAGAAAAGCUCUUUCACCAGCUAAAAAGGCCGAUCCUACCACUACAGAACAGGUGGAAAAGGAACAGAAGGUGGAUGAAGAAGAUAGAAUCCUCAAUGAAAUGGAGGAACUUACCAAUGUUAUGGACCGCAAGAAGAAACGUGCAAAGAAGCUUCUUGCAAAAAGAAGAGCCAAGGACAAGGCACGAAAAGCAACAGGGAUGCAAAUGGAUGCAGUAGAGGAUGGUUAUGUAGAUCUGGAGUUGUUUUCUCUUUCCUCUAUCAAGGGUAAGAAGGAUCUGGUAGCUGUUGACAACACUGAGUAUGAAGGUGAUGAGGUUGAAGACAGUGAAAAUGAAGAAAUCCAUGAAGGUCAAAAGCAUUCAUCCAGUGACUUGGAUGAUUCUGAUGAGGAACGUAAAAGAUAUGAUGAACAAAUGGAAGAUUUGUUGGAUCAAGCUUAUGAGAAGUUUGUUAUCAGAAAGGAAGGAAGUACAAAGCAGCGGAAGCGAAUUAAAAAAUCCUAUGAUGCAGAGGCCCAACUUUUAGAGGGUGGUGAGGAUGAUGAUAUUGUUGAGUCCAAGUAUGAUUCAGAUGAAGAUCAGGCUGAUCAAGAAGCGAAUCCAUUAAUGGUGCCACUUAAUGAUGGGGCAGAGCUCACCCAAGAGGAGAUCAUGAAUAAGUGGUUUAGUCAGGAUGUGUUUGCUGAAGCUGCCGAGGAAGGAGACUUUGAGAAGGAAGAGAGUAAAGAUGAAAUGGAUAUAGAUGAGCCUAAGGAGAAGACAUCCAUUGCAAAAAAGGUCAAGGAAAAUAAAACAACAGCUUCAGCAGUGGUAGACCACCCUCAAUCUCAAGCUUCCAAAGCAGCAGAGGAUUUUGAAAUAGUUCCUGCGCCUGCGACUGAUUCAAGUGACGAUUCAUCCUCUGAUUCAGAAUCAGAGGAGGAAGAUAUUGAGGCCAAAGCUGAGAUAUUGGCUUACGCUAAGAAGAUGUUGAGGAAAAAGCAACGGGAGCAGAUACUGGAUGAUGCAUAUAAUAAGUACAUGUUUGAUGACGAGGGAUUGCCCAAGUGGUUUCUAGAUGAGGAGAAAAAACACCGCCAACCAAUAAAACCUAUUUCCAAAGAAGAAAUUGCAGCUAUGAAAGCGCAAUUUAAAGAAAUUGAUGCUCGGCCUGCGAAGAAGGUGGCAGAGGCCAAAGCACGGAAGAAGCGUGUUGCAAUGAGGAAGCUGGAGAAGGUGAGGAAGAAGGCGAAUGCUAUAUCUGAUCAGGCAGACAUAUCUGAUCGUUCGAAGAGGAAGCAAAUUGAACAACUAUAUAAAAAGGCUGUUCCGAAGAGGCCUAAAAAGGAAUAUGUAGUUGCAAAGAAAGGUGUCCAAGUAAAGACUGGCAAGGGAAAAGUUCUUGUUGAUCGCAGAAUGAAGAAGGAUGCUAGGAAACGUGGAAUGGGUAAGGCAGGAAAAGGAGGUUCCAAGAUGAAGGGCAAGGCUCCAAAGGGCAAAGCAUCUUCAAAGGCCUCUGCCAAGUCCGGAAGACACAGGAAUAAAUGAAAAUAGAAGAUCUCCAGAGUUCAAAGUCAUGGGUUUUGUCGUAUUUUCUCGGCCCAAAUUUUGUUUUUUCAUUUCUUUUCCUGCUUGUUAUUGUGCAAUAGAUAUUAGAAUUAACGAAUAUAGCUGUUUUGUUCUUCAUAAAGGAAAAUGUUAAAUUAAUUGAAAUUCGUCUUAUUAGCAGCUUAUAAAGUUCUUAGUUUAGUAA